AUGACAAGACAAAGGGCAGGUCAGUGUGCUUCUGGUUGGGCUUUUAGAGCAGCUGGUGCCCUCAAAGGACGGAUGUUCCAGAAAACUGGCAAACUCAUGUCACUGAGUGAGCAGAACCUGCUGGACUGCUCUUGGUCUCAAGGCAACGAGGGCUGCCAUGGAGGCCUGAUGGAUUAUGCCUUCCAGCACGUUCGGAACAACGGAGGCCUGGACUCAGAGGAAUCCGAUCCAUAUCGUGCACAGGACGGAUCCUGCAAAUACACACCCGAGUAUUCUGCUGCCAAUGUCACUGGCCUCGUGAACAUCCCUCAGCAGGGGGCGUCCCUUCUGGUGGCGGAGGCAGCUGUGGGGCCUGUCUCUGCUGCUGUCCCCGCAAGCCUGGAUCCCUUCCAGGUCUAUAAAGAAGGCAUUUAUUAUGAUCCAAACUGCAGCAGUGAAGACCUGGAUCACGGUACUCUGGUGGUUGGCUAUGGCUCUCAAGGAGAAGAACCCGAGAACCAAAAAUACUGGAUUGUCAAGAACAGCGGGGGCAGGGACCGGGGCACGCAGGGCUACGUGCUGUUGGCCAAGGACCGGGACAACCAGUGUGGAAUCGCCACCAUGGCCCGCUUUCCUGUCGUGUGA